CAGACGUACCCCUAUCAGCUCCCUUGGUUGGCGGCAACGGUGGGAGCGUUCCGCGAGCCAAUAACAGAUCUGUGCCUGGAGCUAAAUCCAAUCUUGGCCGCAACGUUCAAGGGAACAAAAGGUGGGCUGCCAGGCACUUCUGUCCUGGUGGAUGCUACGCACAUGGGUUUUACCUUAGGUUGGAAAGGUGACAUCGUGCAAAUCGGAUCUACCUUCUUCAAACUUGCUGGAAACUGCUGAGACGCGGAAAAUAUUCUCCCCAUAUCAUCAAAAGCAGCCACCAGCUCGACCUCCUUCUUCGCAUGAUCGAUGUUUCUCUUGGUACGGAAAUGGUCCUCAAUUUGCACCACAUGAAAUGCGGUUACGCUAAUGGUCCUUAAUUAUUGGUUCAUGAGAGUUGCUCGGCGCUAGUCCUGGACAUCGCUACGCUAUCCGAAUCCAACAAGUCCAUAAUAUCAUAUUCUGCCCUCAGUAAAAAGGAUCAGAUUUUAAUAUCAUAUCGAAGAACAAGUGCCCUCGGUUGUAUGAGCAACAGCUCGGCUCAGCUUUGGCGAUCCCAAUUGGAUGGUCUUUGGCUCUUCGUCUGUUGAUCACAACUCUGAGGAGAAUAGACCUGGCACCCCGGUUUCUCACCCAACUCGCUGGGACCGCCUAACGGCUCGCCUCGCCAACAACCGACAUGAUGACAUUCGGUGUUCAAGCCCUAUCAGUUCAGGCGCUUUGUCCAGCCUCGUCAACUGCUACCAUGUUCCCAUGCUUCUUCAGAAGCUUCCAAGGCGAUUUGAUUACAGAUCAAUCUUCACAACCCCGGUUAGUUAUUGGAUACUGUUUACGGUGGUGACGGUGAAUUUAUUUACCUCCGGGAUGUAUAAAACCGGUGCAAUGGUUAAGGAACAGCCCUGGAACUUGAACGCAAUGUUAUGUGAUAACUACCCACCGAGAUCCUGGUCUCUUUUUGAAGGAAACCACAAGGCGUUGUUUAUCCAGUUAUCCAAUACGGAGUACAGUGUAUAGAAUUAUUAUACCAGCUCAUUUCCUCCCGAAAUGGGCUCAAGUGAC